AGCUGCUAGCUUCCGAGCCGCACUAGUUCAACCCACCCUUGAGCCCUUCAGCCUGUAGCAUGGUCGGAGAGACUUUGCCAGGAGGCCAGGGAGCUCUCAGUGUGGGAAGCAUUUUGCAGCUGGCUGAUGGCUUGCAGCCUUACAAGACGCGGCCCACGGUGCAGGUGAUUGCUAACAAGCGAGGCCCUACCGACCCUCAGGCGGUGCUGCGCAUCUCUGACGGCCAAAACUACAUGAUGGCGAUCGUGGCCGCGGACAUCAAGGACCCUGUGGAGGGCAGCAUCGUGCAGCUGCUGGACUGGACCACCGGCACCCACGAAGGUUUGCCAGCGAUUCUCGUGGAAGACUGGGACCAGUCCUCCAACGAGCGCUUUCCCAUCCAGGGCCAGCCGGUGGCGGUGCCAAUGAAGUCCAGCCUUGCUGGAGGAGCCCCAAUGCCAGCCUGCGCUGGAGACGCCAAGUCGAGUUACCCUGGCACAAGUGCAGGCGACCAGGAGGAGCAGGAUCAGAUCUGGCGCAAGCCAGCGACAGCCGACCGGCCCGACUUUCUGAAGCCGAGCCUGAUGACUGCUGGAGGUGAGCCAGUGGUGGUGCCAGAUAUGAAGAGCAACCCGCGUCUUCUGCGCGUGGAUGACCCGGAGGAUCAGAUCUGGCGCAAACCGGCAGCCCUGGCGGACCGGCCCGACUUGCUGAAGCCGAGCCUGAUGACUGCUGGAGGCGCGCCAGUGGUGGUACCAGAUGCUGAUGAGAUGAAGGGCAACCUGGGUUUCCUGCAUGACUGGCAUGCCGAAGGUUUGAAUCCAAACGACUCGCCGAAGCCAAACCUUUUGACCGCUGGAGGCGCGCCGGUGGCAACAGAUGCAGAGACGAGGGACCCACGUGUUCGAGCAGUUGCCAGCCCUAUGUGCAGUCACGACAGGGCCAACAUUGCAGUGAAGAGCCACGCACGGGCAGUGGCGACCCCCAUGCGCAGACGUGACGCUGCAGACGACCCGGCUUCCGAGCUGGGCCGCGUCCGGGCGGUGGCGACCCCACUGCGCCGACGUGACACAGCUGAUGACCCGGUCGCAGAUUCCAGCCCCAUGCUGCCAUCUAUGCUGCGCCCAGCGCCCCAGGCUGCUCCCCUGGUGCCAAUCGCCCAGCUGAGCUCGUUCAUGCCGCGUUGCCGGGUGCGAGCUCGUGUUCUCAGCAAGUCAGGCAUCCGUGCCUUCACCAAUGCCCGAGGCAGCAGCAAGCUCUUUUCCAUGGACCUCAUGGAUGCCGAAGGGGCCUGUACCAGAUGCACCUGCUUCGGCUCUGCAGUGGACAAGUUCUUUCCGAUGAUAGUUGUGAAGAAGAUCUACGAGGUCAACGGCGCUUCGGUGAAGCCGGGGAACCCCAGGUUCUGCCGCUAUCCCAUGGAGCUUACCCUGGACGAGCGGGGCGCCUCCAUCACGGCUCUUCUGGAGGAUGGGUCGAUCCCGGGGAUUCCCUACAAGUUCGUGAGCCUUGCGCAGAUCAGCUCGGCACCGGUGGGGAGCAGCUGCGACAUCAUGGGCGUGGUGCAGACGCUGGAAGACCCCGUAAGCGUGGCUACCCGCAGUGGACCACGCAUCAAGAGACAAGUGAUCUUGAUCGACAGCUCCAGCGCUUCUGUUGCACUGAAUCUUUGGGCAGAGAAGGCAGAGACUGAACUGGCUGCGGGCUCCGUGGUCUUCGUGCGCCACGCCAAGAUCAGCGACUACUCGGGCCGCACACUGGACCUGAAUGAGGGAAGCUUCCUGGAAGCCAAUCCCGACGAUCCCCGGGCGUUUCAGCUGCAGGCAUGGUAUCAGGCCGGAGGCAGAGACGAGCCAGUCCGCCACGCGCUGUCCAACAGCACCGCGCGGGGCAGGAAGCGAAACCUGGCGGAAGCUCUGCAAGAGGACACCAUGCUGCACCCCAACGCGUUGGAGAAGCGCGCCGUCAACUUUCAUCGCGUCUCGCCUGCAACUAUUGUGGCCAUCCGGAACGAGCGCGCGCCCUUCUAUUUUGGCUGCACAUCGGAAGUCGCGGGCUUUGAGUCAAGGAUGAGGCAGUGCAAUAAGAAGGUUGAAAAUGGGACAUGUGCAGCGGGGCACAUUUGCCCGGAGCCAGCCGCUCGCUUCAACUUGCUCUUGCAGGUGGCGGAUGCCUAUGCAACCGUUCACUGCCGAGCCUUUGGUGCAGAGGCUGAGAUGUUGGCGGACGUGCCAGCAGCGGAGCUGGCUGUUUUGGACGACGAGCGCAUGGCCGGCAACAUUCAGGCCGAGAAGACCUACACGCGGAUUUUCCGCAACAUGUUCCGGCGCUGGAGCCUGACACUGAAGUGCCGACAGGAAACAUUCGAAGGCCGAAGCCGCGUGCAGGUCACCGUGGAGCGCUGCGCGCCGGUGGACUUUGUGGCUGAGGGCUUGGAGAUGGCUGCGGCGGCCCGCCGCGCCUUGUGCAUGUGAGCCUCAUCGGGGCGCUCGAUGAAAUUCGCAAUCAAGCCAGUGACCCUGCCAGCACCAGCACGGUGGGCUCUUCC